UUUUCGCUCACUCUCUCUCGCCGCCUCCCCCUUUUUUUCCUCUGUCUUCCUCACCCACCCCCUUUUCUCUCCGUCUCCCUCGUCCCUACACCUCCAGUCUGCUUCUGUUGUCUCGGCGGAUUGUUGCGGGCUGUGGGAGAGAAAAGGAUAUCGCGAGUAUUGGAGUUUUGGUGAGAGUUUGUGGAAGAUGGCGCCUGUUGUGACAGGGAAGUUCGGGGAGCGCCCUCAGCCACUGCGCCUAACAAGAGAAGCGAUGAGGAAUUACCUGAAGGAGCGAGGUGACCAAACUGUCAUGAUCCUGCACGCAAAAGUUGCACAGAAAUCCUAUGGCAAUGAGAAAAGGUUCUUCUGCCCUCCUCCCUGCGUGUACCUGAUGGGCAGCGGCUGGAAGAAAAAGAAGGAGCAGAUGGAGCGGGACGGCUGCUCCGAGCAGGAGUCGCAGCCCUGCGCCUUCAUCGGCAUCGGCAACAGCGACCAAGAAAUGCAACAGCUUAACUUAGAGGGAAAGAAUUAUUGCACAGCCAAAACCUUGUACAUAUCCGACUCCGACAAGAGAAAGCACUUCAUGUUGUCUGUCAAGAUGUUCUACGGCAACAGCACUGACAUCGGCGUCUUCCUCAGCAAGAGGAUCAAAGUCAUCUCCAAGCCCUCCAAAAAGAAGCAGUCCCUAAAGAACGCUGACCUGUGCAUCGCAUCAGGGACCAAGGUGGCGCUCUUCAACCGGCUCCGGUCCCAAACAGUCAGCACGCGCUACCUUCACGUGGAGGGCGGAAACUUCCACGCCAGCUCCCAGCAAUGGGGCGCCUUUUACAUCCACCUGUGUACGUCUCUAUCAAGCUGCAAGGACCCCCAGGUGCUGGAGCACAUUAUGAGCGGGCUGGAUGAAGACAAGGACGGGGAAAUCAGCUUCCAGGAGUUUGUCGUUCUGGUUUUUGAGCUGACUGUGACCUGCAAUGAAUUCUUCCAAGACAUGAACGGCCAGGGUUCUAAGAAAGUCUGA